AUGUCUUUCACCACCACGCUGGUGAAGCACAUCGUGCCGAACCCGCCGAACACGCUCGAUGCGGCUGCCAUCCAGACUCAGCCCCCCUCGAAUGUGCUCGCGGCCGUCGCGUCCAAGCAGUUUGUUGAUGCCAUCUCCCGCCUCAGCAACCUCUCCAAGUAUGUUGUCAACGUUUUCUCUGAGCUUGGCCAGCUCGCCGAUCAGACAAGUGAUCGUGUGAACUCGCUACACACUCGUGUGGACAACAUCAGCAGCGAGCUUUCCACGGUAUCAACUCGAAUCAAUGCCAACCUCAUCUCCAACACCUGCCAGGUGGAGCGUAUGUCCCCAACUUCGCUGCCCUCACGAUCUCAGCUCCGCGUCAGCGGGGAAGUUCGCACCCGCAAGGUCAAGGAGCUGCAGUUCAAGCGUUACGACUCCGAAGGCCGGGUCAUCUCCAGCGGCCCGUCCCAGCGGUCCGGCUCGGCCAGCGACUCGUCCGUUGCCCCGUCUGCCUCGGCCGACAUCGGGAGCGCGCCGAGCUUCGCCCCCCCGCCGCCGCCCUCGUCGUCGCUGGGGGCCCCGCCGCCACCGCCGAGCUUCGCCCCGCCUCCGCCCCCGCCGGGUGGCAGCGCGCCCGGCUUUGCCGCUCCCCCGCCGCCGGCUGGUGCUCCGCCUCCGCCGCCGGCUGGCGGGUUUGGUGCCCCACCUCCGGGCGCCCCGCCGCCCGGCCCGCCGCCUGGCCCCCCGCCCCCGGGCAACUUCGGUGCUCCGCCGCCGGCCCCGUCCGGUGGUGCCCCGCCUCCGCCGCCGCCCCCUGGCCCCCCUCCUCCGGGUGGUUUCGGUGGCGCCCCUCCGCCGCCGCCGCCCUCUGGCGGCUUCGGUGCGCCGCCCCCGGCCAUGGAGCGCCCAGCCCCGCCGCCGGUCGCCGAUUCCCGCAACGAUCUGCUUGGUGGUAUCCAGCGUGGUAUUGCCCUCAAGCCUGUCCAGCGCGAGGAGAAGAAGGCCCCGGCCGCCACCAGUGCUGGUGGCAGCGAUGUCGCGGCGAUUCUCCUGCGCCGCAUGGCCCUGGAGUUCUCGGAUUCCGAGUCAGAGGACUCCGACAGCGAGUGGGACUAA